AUUUGACGUGUUUAGGUUAUGAAUAUAGAUAAAUAUUGUCAAAAUGUUAAUAAUUUGAUGGAAUAAAUUAAAACGUAUCAAAUUUUGGUCGGAUAUAAUAAGAAACAGUGCAACGUGUACUCAUAUACGAUAUCCACACGAUGGGUACUGCCGUAAGCCGAAACUUGGACCUAAACACAAAUGAAUAUUUAGAAAAAUUUGUUGGCAAGCAAAGUAUCAGCGCUAAUGAUCCGUUUUGGAAUAGAUUUUUAGCGUUUAAUAUUAUUCCACCUACAACAACGAACGAUCAAUUGGUCCUAGAAUCUAGAAUUGAAAACUUAUGUCAAGAGUUAGUCAAAAAUAACGUUGAGUCUGGUAAUCUUAAUAGUUUAAUUCAGCUGUUUUUGAUUAAAUCUUCUGAACUAUUGUCUGCAGCUGAUUCUGAUGCGAAUCUAUUUAGUUGGCAAGUUUUUAAUACACUGUUUACUAUUCGCUGUAUUUUAAAAUUCCUCACAGAAACAGUCAAUGAGGAACAACUUAUUCAACACAUUGAAGUAAAUGGUCCUGGUAAUGUGAUUGAAUCACUUAUAGGAGCAUUAGUAGGCAUAAUUGUUGAUGUACCAGUGAAAGAAUCGACUUAUGCAGUCCAUUUAGAGGCAGUAACAUGUCUAUUAAUAUUUUUGUCAGUUCAGUUUCACUCUGGAAGGAGAUCAGACCAAAGCAAUAUAUAUCACUUAAUAAUGAAAGGGAAGCAUGUGAUUCAUGCCCCUGUGCUAGUAAAAUGCUUAUUGACCAAUUUUAUAAAUCAGGAACCAACACCAGCUGCAUAUGGAACAAAUCAUGGUCAAAGUAUUGUUCUAGGUCUAGCAUCAGAGUUGUGGUCAAUGUUAACUUUUAGUAAGAAAUCAACAGAAAAUCUUACAGUUCCAGAACACAGUGAUUAUCAACAGGCUCCACUAGCAACACACAGCCUGUUACUAGUUUUGGUGCUGGUACACCACUGGACAACUCAUUCUAAUCCCUACAGAAUUAGUCUAUUUUCAUGUGUGAAUAGUCAAGAUAAUAAUUCUAUUUGUCCAAUUGAGUCAGGAACCUUGUUCAAAAUAGAUUUUGAUGCUUUGUAUGUAACCUUGUGCAAGAAAGCUUCAGGUGACUCCGCAACAUUAUUAUUGUACCUGUUAUUACACCGGAAUCCCGCAUUUAAAACAUAUUUAUUGGGAAGACUAGAUCUUGAGUCACUGAUCAUCCCAAUUUUGAAGACACUUUACAAUGCACCCAACAGCAACUCUCAUCACAUUUAUAUGUCCCUCAUUAUCCUAUUAAUAUUAAGUGAAGAUGAGACUUUCAAUAAAAUGAUACACCAAACAAAAUUAAAAAACGUCCUAUGGUAUACUGAAAGAGCUUUAUCUGAAGUAUCCCUUGGUGGCCUUUUGAUAUUGGUAGUGAUAAGAACAAUACAGUACAACAUGUUAAAAAUGCGUGACAAAUAUCUGCAUACAAAUUGUCUGGCGGCACUGGCAAACAUGUCGGGACAAUUUAGAGAAUUACAUCCAUAUGUGAGCCAGAGAUUUGUAUCACUGUUUGAAACUAUAGCAAAGAAAUACCAAAGAUUAAACAAGCAAAUGGAUAACUCCAAAAAUUCCAAUGAAGUUGCAGUAACUGUAAAUCAGGACGCAACUGAUUUGGAACAAGACAUCGCCGUCUUAGAAGAAGUAAUGCGGAUGGUUUUGGAAAUUUUAAAUUCCUGCAUGUCCUUUCAGCUAAGCAAUAAUCCGAAUUUAAUAUAUACUUUAUUAUACAAUAAACAUAUGUUUGAGGCAUUUAAGGAUAACGUUGUUUUCCAAGAUAUCAUUCACAACAUCAUCCUCGUUAUCCAGUAUUUUUCGGAAUUGUUAAAGGAAAAAUCGCAGCAACAUGAAGUGGAUGCGCACCAAGUGUUACUGGUUAUACAGCAGGGGGCGAAAAAUUGGCCCAAAGAAAAAUUAACGAAAUUUCCUGAUCUAAAAUUCAAGUAUGUAGAAGAAGAUCAACCAGAAGAGUUUUUCAUUCCAUAUGUGUGGGCACUUGUUAGUCAACAAUCAGUAUUACAUUGGACAAAUGAUGUGUCGCCCAUUCUUACAACAGUCUGCUAACAAUUAAUUUUAAAUGAAUGACAAUACAGUUUUCAUUAUACUUGUAUAUAUAAAUAUAUAUUAUUUUUCCAAUUUAUUUAUGAGAUGUUUAUGUUGAAAUGUUGUACCUUUUGUAAUAAUAUAUUUGUUAGUAUA